UAAAUGUACAAACAAGUGACCAUCAUCUGUACUGUUGAUGAAAUAAGAUUUACUUUAGUGUACCCUUUUUUAAUAUUUUUAGUGAAAAAUUGAUUGAAUCAUGUUGUUUGUGUCUUUUUCAUUAUUAGCAGUAAUCACUACAUUAACAACAUUAGUAUCAACGGACUCUAGUAAUUUGCACUUUCAAGCAAUUACAAACGUUUAUUUACAAAAUUCAGGCCAUAAAUUCCUCGAAAAUAGCUUUACGGUGGACUAUGAAGCUAAUCAAUUUCUUCUUGACGGGAAGCCAUUUCGAUAUGUUUCUGGAAGUUUUCAUUAUUUUAGGACACCAAAUCAAUAUUGGCGUGCAAUUUUUAAGAAAAUGAGAGCUGCCGGUUUAAAUGCUGUCUCAACAUACAUAGAAUGGAGUACUCAUGAACCGGAACCAGGUAAAUGGAUUUGGAAAGAUGAUGCAAAUAUUACUCAAUUUAUUCAAAUUGCAGAAGAAGAAGAUUUACUAGUUAUAUUGAGACCAGGUCCAUAUAUCUGUGCUGAAAGAGAUUUAGGUGGAUUACCUACUUGGCUUUUAAACGUAACGUCGGAAAUAAAAUUAAGAACAAAUGACAGAUGGUACAUGAAAUAUGUACAAAGAUAUUUGGAAACUGUAUUGAUAAAAAUAAAAUCACUUCUCAGAGGUAAUGGAGGUCCUAUUAUAAUGGUACAGAUAGAGAAUGAGUACGGAACCUUCAAUGCCUGUGAUUUUCAAUAUAAAAAUGCACUGAGAGAGAUAUUUUUCAAACAUGUAGAAUCAAAUGCUGUUUUAUUUACAACAGAUGGACUUCAAGAAACUAUGCUUCAAUGUGGAAUUAUUCCUGGUGUUUUUGCAACAAUUGACUUUGGACCUUCCACAAAUGUAUCUAAAAAUUUUCAAACUUUGCGUAAAUUUCAACCAAAGGGACCUCUUGUAAACUCGGAAUAUUAUCCAGGAUGGUUAACACACUGGGGAGAGCCUAUGCAGAAAGUUUCAACACUGAAAGUAGUAAAAACUUUAGAUGAAAUAUUGUCCGUUGGAGCAUCAGUAAAUAUAUACAUGUUCUUCGGAGGAACAAAUUUCGGGUUUAAAUCAGGUGCUAAUACUGAUCCAAACUUUAGACCACUACUGACUUCUUAUGAUUACGAUGCUCCUUUGACGGAAGCUGGAGACGUGACACCAAAGUAUUUUGCAAUGAGAGAUGUUAUUAAAAGUUACAUGCCCUUGGAAGAUUUGCCUAUUCCUGCUGGAAAUAAAAAGAAAAAUUAUGGUAUUACUGUUCUGGAAUCCGUGAUAAAUCUUUUUGAUCCUGUCGCAAAAUCUUUAUUCGGCACAAUAGUUGUACAAACCAAUAAAAUUCCAAAUUUUGAGGAAUUACAAAUUCUGCCCUUGCAGUUGGUUCUAUUCGAAACACAGUUGCCCUUAAAAAACGAAACAUCCACAAUUUUAAAGACACAUGUACACGACAGAUGUUAUGUUUACAUAAAUCGUCAGUUAACUGGAAUAUUAAGUCGCAUGGAUAGAAAAUUCGAUUUGACUAUACAUAACCCCUAUGAGAAACAUUUAACACUACUUGUUUUAAAUGAAGGACAUGUAAAUUACGGAGGAAACAUUAAGGACUAUAAGGGAUUGUUCAAUGUAAGCCUUAGUGAAGAAACAUCAUUAACGUGGAAUGUGACCGGCUUCACAUUAGAAAAUGUAAAACAACUUUUCAAUGUAAAUUCUACAAUCCCAGUAUCUGAAUGCCUACGUCGUGGACCUACUUUUUAUAGAUCAACAUUUCUUAUAAAAGAAAAUCCGGUAGACACAUUUCUGGAUACAAGUGGAUGGGGAAAAGGUGUUGCUUAUAUCAAUGGAUACAACAUUGGCAGAUAUUGGCCAUUAAUUGGUCCACAAAUAACUUUGUACAUACCAGGUGUCAUUUUAAAGCUUGGUAAAAAUGAGCUUAUUGUUUUAGAAUAUGAGUAUGCCUCAAAAUCGCACAGUAUGGAAUUUAUCAACCAUGCAAAAUUUGUUACUUCUGUUUUCUUAGAGAACAAUGCUAAUAAUUGUACUGCGCAAUAGGUUACAACUAAAAUGUUAUUUAAAAUUAAAUAUCUUUCAAAGUA